CCUCUUCUUCCGUCGAUUACAAACCCCAAAUUUUCAUUCAAUCAAAAUAAACACUUUCAUUUUUCUUUUCUUUCCCAGAAAAUGGAUAGAGAUCUAGCCGACAACCGUAAACCAUCGUACGUCAACAGUCGAUGCUUGAGUUCGCCGUUAUCUUGUCUCAUCCACACAGAGUCAGAGUACGUUCGAAUCAGUAACCACGACAAGAAGAAGACGAGAUCAACUCCGAUGUUAAGGGGUUUGAUGAGAAGAUUGUUAUUGGUCAGAAGUUGCGGAUUCGAGAAGAACAACAAAUCGAAAACGUUAGUGACGUUUCACUACGAUGCUGUGAGUUAUUCGCAGAACUUCGACGAUGGUUUUAAUUUGCGCGAUGAUGAUCGUAGUGCUUUUCGAGAUCUUCGAAAACUGAGUCCGGAUCACUAAUAUAGUUAUAUCAAUUUUACAUAUGCUCUGUUUUUUUUGUUUCUUUCAGUUUUUAUCGUCGAACAUAAGAUCCAAUAUUCGUAUGUACCUAACCUGUCUUGUUUAUUACAUUUGUACCAUGAACUUUUGUUUAUCAAGUAUAUAUAUAUACCCAAACAGUUUUGUUUAUUACAUGUGAAAUUUCGUUAACUUGUUUGAGAUACCAUUGGAUAUUUUUCAGCAGAUUGGCUGGAGUAAUUCUGUCAAAGCAUGAUAAGGCUAAGGUAACCCCUGAGGUUGAUUCUAGUUCUCUAAUAAUGAACUUGUUUUUUUUUUUCUGAUAUCAGUUUUGUUGUUGACUUGAGGAUGGUCCCAAUCUUCAUCCUAAAACAGCGAGGCCUAAUGUUUCUGGUUAUAGCCAUGGGUUCGCUUUCUUUCUUGCCCCUGCAGGCAUUGUUUCAUAGGUCUUUCAAUGAAACCAACGGUUACUCAUCUCGGUUCCCACUUGUGCAUAUCGAAUUUGAUACGUAUUAUAUAAUAUGGAAUGGGAUUCUGUUGAUAUUAUGUCUCAAGUUUGGAUCAACAAUAACUCGCUUGCUUCCUCUAACUACACUUCUUGGAAUGCAAGCUUGCACAGUCAAGAUGCAUGUAGGUCAUGCGCGGAUAUGUUAUGAUUCAGCUUCUAUAAACUUGAGCAUCUCUUGGGCUUACCAAGAAACAUCUAAUCCUCUGGAGAGUUCGAGUCUUUGCUUUCCUUCAUUUUCUACGUCAUCGACCUUGCGAAGGUGCUUCCUGCAGAAGUUACCAUUGGGUUUUCAGGUUCUACAGGAGCAAACACGGAAGAAAAUAGCUAUAGAGAGAGAACUCCAAACAAGACAAGAAUAAUUAUUCUAGGUUUGCAUGUGAAAGGUUAGGCAAUGUUGUCUUAGCAGAGCCUGCAUCAAAAUGGAUACCUUUUACUGAAAGCUCAGCAUGGCUUUUGGAUAGGGUUUCACAGGCGGAAGCUCACAACGUGCUGAUACGGAUGCUGUUGCCCAUCCGAUCGAGGACUAGCUAGCUAGGAAGCAAAACUUGGUAUUCUGAUGUUGUUUUAUAAAUAUGUCAAACUGAUAUGUUUGUGUUAGUCAGCGUACUUGAUCUGUGUGGAAUGGGAUCCUGUUUAUAUUAAGUUUCGUGUUGGGAUCACCAAUAACUUGCUUUACCUUCACGAAGAGUGGAAGCAAUGCAUUAUUCACUGGGACAUCAAGACGAGUAAUAUAAUGUUAGACUCCAAUUUUAAUGCCAAGCUAGGUGACUUUUGGUUGGCUCGGUUGAUGAACCACGAGCUAGGUCCCCAGACUACAGGAUUGGCUGGAACUUUUGGUUACAAUGUGUCCUGAAUACAGAGCCGGCGUUGA